CUAUAAAAGGCCGAUAGUUAACUCUAGUUCGCAACCAUACGGCUACAUCACUACGACGGUCACUUGCUACAGUUGAUUCGACGUAGAGGUUCUGCUACAUCAUCAUCAUCAUCAUGAAUCUCUUCAUGGUUCUCAUGCUUGGAGCCUGUGCUGCAGUUGCUCUGGCAGGUCCUCAUGCCAAUGCUGCCCCUCCAGCCAACGAUGGUAUAGAAGUCCUGACAGGAGGGAAGAUUGAAGAGGACGAUUUCGAAGGGGACGAUUUCGAUGUUAAGAACAAAAACCAAUACUACAGCAGAAGUGGACCACGGUUCCGUGUGUGUGGGACAACUACCCACAGUUGGUCGUCGUUCGUAUGCCACCCGUCCGGCCUGAUUCAUCACAAACGGGACAACGACGAGUUUCUGUCAGCGGGAGAGGCCAACACUUUCCUGAUGAGUGAGGGCGUCGGCAAGCGCGGCAUGCACGAGGAAUGUUGUCACGAGGGAUGCUGGUGGGAAGAGAUGCUCGAGCACUGCUAGGAUCAGGAAAAAGACGGCCAAGACACGGGUCAAGUUGGGUUUUGAGACCCACUGAAACGCUCAUCAGAUUUUUGUUUUUUUUGCUCCGAUCAAAAUAGUGUGCGUUUGGUCACCGAUAAAUUUAGUUGAAUAACAUUACUGCAACUUGUAGAUGCUUUCUUAAAGCCUGCCUCAAUUUCAAGUGCUUAGUACCGCCUUUCAAAAUCUUUAUCGUGUAUUCUUAGUUUACUUCCAAUGAGUAAUACGAAGCAUUGAUGUUUUAUACCAAUUGCGCUCGAUAUCAAUAGAAAGAACCACAUGCGCCCAGUUAUCAGAAGUUUUCAACGCAAAAAGGAAAAAAAAUGGUUUUUUCUGCUUUGACCAGCAACCAGUUUGGUUCCGUAGUAAUAAUAAUUCUACCACAUACUAUAAAAGGGCGACACUUCCCAUUGACUUUUCAAUGACCCCAACCCCAAUUAUACCUUAUCCUACCCGUACGAAACUCCAUAUUUGAGGGUUUCUCCUCCCAAGUAAAAUUUUUCAGCCAUUUGCGACAACAAAAUAAUUCCUUUUCCAAAUUGUAUGUUAAAACAAUAGGGCGAUACCAAAUCGCCACCCUAUAAUGAUUUGUGUUGCCCUCAUUUAGAAAAGUCAAGCACAAAGUGUCGCCCUAACAAAGUGAGGGUAAUAAGUUAGAUG